GUGAUUCAGUCGUUGAAUAAUGCUUUGAGUGGACGAGGUCAUCAAUUCCAACAUGUUCAUCUAAACGCGCCGACCAAAUGCGGGCAUUGCACAUCAAUUUUGGUGGGACUGGACAGGCAAGGGUUGUAUUGUCAAACAUGUCACUACGCCUGUCAUGUCCACUGCUCAUCUCGAGCCGUGCCACAAUGUCCCGUACCACCUGACGCCCGACGACCGCUAGGCAUCGAUCCCUUGAAGGGAGUUGGAACUGCUUAUGAGGGACUUGUAAGGACACCGAGAGCUGGUGGUGUGAAGAAGGGUUGGCAGCAUACCUAUGUGGUAGUGUGUGACUUCAAGCUUUAUCUGUACGAUUGCGUUACGGACCGGCAGAAUAAGGCUACGGAAAUACAGCCAGUGAUUAGACAAGUACUUGAUAUGAGAGAUCCUGACUUUGGCGUGACUGGCGUAAGCGAGCAAGAUGUAAUCCAUGCUAAU